AUGCUUUCCUUAAGGAUUUAUAUGCAAAUUGUUUGCAUAUGUGUGUGUUUAGUGCAAUUGAUCGUAACACAAUCGGUGCCGUAUCGUUCGCUGGAAGAUGCCCGUUCCGAACGUCAACGUUUAGUGCAAAAAUAUAUAAAAACUUUGAAUAAGGAAGAAGGAGCAAUACGUCUGGUCGGUGGUGAUGCCGAACAUGAAGGUAACAUUGAAGUCCUACACAACAACAAAUGGGGUUCGGUGUGCGAUGAUGAAUGGGAUAUGGUGGAGGGAAGAAUCGUAUGCGAACAGCUGGGUUAUGCUGGUGUUAGGAAAGUAACACACAGUGGUUAUUUUGGUCCUGCCAAAAGACGUUUCUGGAUGGACAAUAUUUUCUGUGAGGGAGAUGAAAAAGAAUUAACCCACUGCCAUUUCGAUGGUUGGGGUGUAAACGAUUGUGAACCCAGUGAGGCGGCUGGUGUUAUAUGUGUUGCUCCAGCUGGUCUGGAACCCGAACCGGAAGUGCAACCAGAAUACUAUGAACCCAAAUAUCGCAUACAUUACACACAUAAAAUGGAUGUACGUCUGAGGGGUGGCCGACAUCACAAGGAAGGACGUGUGGAAGUAAGAAUUAACAACGGCAAAUGGGGUACAAUUUGCUCGGAUGGUUGGGGUCUGCUGGAGGCCAAUGUCGUAUGUCGCCAACUUGGUUUGGGUUAUGCUCGAGAUGCCAUGCAAACUGAUUUCUUUGGUGGCACAGAUAUUGCACCCCAUGUAAUUACUGGCACCGAGUGUUACGGCAAUGAAACCUCGCUAAAUGAUUGUCUCCACCAUGAUUACCUGCGUGGUGUGAUGUCGUUUCAUGGUUCACAUAAUCACGUGGCCGUCGUGAUAUGUGAUCACUUGGCGCCAGAUUUAGUCAUUGAUUAUUAUGAAAUUGAGCGCACCGCUCAUUUGGAAGAUCGUCCCAUGGCUUUGAUGCAAUGUGCAAUGGAGGAGAACUGUGUUGCUAAUGAAGCUUAUGAAAUACAACGUGAUGAUCCCGAUUGGCGAUAUGUCACCAGGCGUCUGUUGAAAUUCACCGCCAGUGCAUUGAAUACAGGAAAUAUCGAUUUUCGUCCAUUCAAAGAGAAGAAUAUGUGGGAAUGGCAUAUGUGUCAUAUGCAUUAUCACAGCAUGGAAGUAUUUGCGACAUUUGAUAUAUUCGAUCAUAGUGGGGUGAAAGUGGCCCAGGGUCAUAAGGCUUCAUUUUGUUUGGAGGAUAGCCAAUGUUUGCCGGGCGUGCCCAAGAAAUAUAAUUGUGCCAAUUUUGGUGAUCAAGGUAUCUCCGUCAAUUGUUCCGAUGUCUAUUUAUAUAAUUUGGAUUGUCAAUGGGUUGAUAUUUCGGAAAUGAAUACCGGAACGUAUACUCUGAAAAUUGCCAUCAAUCCGGAAUUCAAAGUAGCUGAAAUGAAUUUCGAUAAUAAUGCUGCCAUUUGUAACCUGCUUUAUACCGACACUUAUGCCCGUGUCGACAAUUGUAGAUUAGCUCGACCCUGAG